UUUUAUUUUGUUGUGUAGCAUGAAGAUCUUAAUCAAAAAACGGAUUUAACUUUGAAAGGUGUGGUGGGGACUAUCAUUAAAGACUAUUUUCCGCGCCUAACACAAUCACAGCGAAUAUUAUUCGAAGCUUCCCCCUUUGGAAUAUUCUUAGGAAUGCAUAUCCAAAUGGUGAUCCCUUACUUGUGCAUAAGAUGAUGUUGCACGAAGUAAGGUGUCAACAAAUAUUUGAGAUGGGGAGGUUUCUGUUUGAUGUAGAGGGGAUCCAGUUGGGUUUUGGUGAAACUGAAUAUAUUUUGAUUUGUGGUUUAAAAGUUGGUCCUUAUGUGGAUUUACUCCAUGACGAAAAGGGUCCGUUAAAUUCAAAUCUCCGUGCUCGGUUGUUUCCAGAGAUUUCUGAUGCACGUCUACGGCUGAAAAAUUUAGAAGACUUAAUUAUGUCCCCGAAUUAUUUGGCACUACAAGAUGAAGAUGCUGUGAUGCUUAUCCAGCUUGUUUUUAUGUUGAAGGGUCUACAUGGACGGGACGUUAAAACAGGCAUUCCUGCAGCAGUAUACAAGCUUGCUGAUAAUAUAGAUGAUUGGAACAGGUUUGCAUGGGGUACGUAUUUCUGGAAAUAUACUUCGCGUAUGAUGUGUGGAAUGUUUAAGAAAAUAGAAGAGUUUAGAUAAUUGAAGGAGUCCAAUCCCGAAUUGAAGAAAGUACACAAGUAUACCGUUCCCGAUUUUAUGCUUCCGUUUAAGAUAUGGAUUUUGGAGACGUUCACAGAGGCAACCAAGUUUUAUAUACGCACGCCGACAGAAUUGCCACGGAUGAGGGCGUGGAGAAGUAAAACACCGUUGAAUUGGGUUCAAUGUUGUCGAAUAAUGAACGUGUUUGGUGCCUAACACCGAACAUAUUAAUGUCGAGGAAAACCCGGAGGAGCUGAUGUUGUCGUUUUAUGUUCGUUAUGUCAAUUGGACUCUUAACCCUGUAGAGUCUCCCCCACGGCAACAUAGUCCCAUCCGAAAUAGUCCACCUCCUGUUUCCUCGCCUGCUCGAAGAAGGAUGUACAAGUCCGAAAUACAAACAUCUUCGACUGAAUCUGCCACAAAUGCUUCUUCCUCGCAACAUCUUGAAACAGAAACAAGUUAUAUGUCACACGACACAUCAAGAUUGGAAAAGAAGAAGAAGACGAGCACAAAGGCAUUAGUGAAGCGUCUACUAGGCUUUGUGGCUGACUUAAGUUCUAAAGUAGACCGUGUAUUACAGAAAAAAGAUGAACCCGACACAAAUUUUGAACCAGACAGAAGGUUUCGAGAGGAGGAAGAGAUGAUAAAUGAAGAGGAGGAAGAUACACAUUUUGACUAUGAUAAUAUAGGUAGUCAUGGUUUGGAGGGGGAAUUUGAGUCUACACCUACGCAUGUUGAGCCGUCAUUGGACGUGGCUGAACAUCACACAAAAGAAAUGACUCCUAUUGUUAGGCCGCAACGAAAGAGGGGUGUUCCAUGGUAUCAACGGACUCCGUUCACAGUGAUGCAAUCCACACCAAAAUUGAAGAAAAUCACCAAAGCAAAGAAAAAAAAAGUGGUGAAGAGUCCUGAAAAAGCAAAUGAAGACAUUGUGAAUGAAGAGAUUAAUGAUGUUUCAAAUCAUCUGCUGCUCGACAGUGUUGAAGCUGCCAGUACGUUGACUUUUUGGAAAGAAUGGAAUAGUAUCUCUUCCAACCUGAACACUAAACAUAGGCUGCAUAUGCUGACACUGGAUGUGGAGUUUUGGUCGAGGUUACUUGCAGUUACUGACGCUGGGUGGUUAAUUUCUUCGCAUAUUGCGAUAUGGAGUGUCUUGCUCAUGGAAAGACGGCCGGCGAACGCAAGGUUGACGAUAUUCCCUCAAGAACUUAAUUUACAAAACGGAAAAACAUAUUUUCUUAGGAAUAUUGCAAAUCGUAUCGGAGGUCAUCCUAAAUGGAAGGAUGUGGAUAUGGUUCUAUUCCCCAUAAACGUUCCUCAUGCCCAUUGGUUUUUGGCAGUGCUACAUUUAGAUAUUUGGAAAGUACACAUUUAUGAUUCAGCACGAUGUAUGAAUUACUUCACAACGUACUUGACUGCUGGAGAAUUCAAAAGUUUUGGGGAUAGUAUAAUCGAAGAGCUAGAUGCGAUUGACUACUGGAAGGAUUUCCCCGAUGGACACAAAGAGAACGCAGUUGUGGAGUUUAUUGAUAUUGUUGAUGCGCCACAACAAGAAUAUAUUGCUAAUAGAGGGGAUUGUGGAGUAUUCGUAAGCAUGUAUAUGGAAAUGAUUGCUUCGGGGGUACCGGUGAAGAAUGAUAAGCCAUGUAGAGAUGCGGGAUUUCUCUACAGAAAUAAGAUGACAAAUAUUAUUUGGGAUACUAAAUAACUUGAUGUUUGGAAGUUUGUAUACAUUAUUAUGAAAUACUUGUUUUUAGU